AGAACCAGUUCCACCUGCAGAUGAUGACGGGGCUUCCAGAGUCUGUUUUAUCCAAUCUGUUGCUGACGGUUCUGCAGCGGUCCGGUUGGAGGGAGGGAACUGUGAUUCUGUGUAGUGGUUGGGAGGAGGCUCAUGGUCUUUUGCGGCUCUUGGACACUCAAAGCUUCGCUUCACGGGGUGAUGUAGGCAGGGCCUCCUGGCACCUGCAGGCCCUCCUGAACUUGACACAGUCAGCCCACGAUGACACGCAGAUCCAAGAUUUCCUGUCCCGACACUUCAAACGGGACCAGUCUUUGCCUGCAUCGGUGCUUCUGUUUGGUGCGGACCCACAGUGUGCAGCAGCAGUUCUACGCAGUGCUCAGGAUCUGGGCCUGACCCUGCCUAUGGUGCACUGGGUGCUGGGUCAGCCCCUCAGUCCUGAUGUCCUGCACACCAUCGGCCUGCCUCUUGGACUCCUGGCCUACGGAGAAGUGGAUCGCAAACCACUUGAAUUCUACAUCAAAGACGCCCUGCAGCUCUUCACCAGAGCUGUGGCAGCAGCAAGCGUGGUGAGGCCAGACCUGGCUCUGAUCCAAAAUAUGGUGACCUGCUCCAACAAACCACAGGCAACGGCAUCAGGAGACCUCCUGUCCAGGUUUCUGAUCAACUCAUCUUUCUCUGGAUUCACGGGUCCAGUCCAAGUUAAUGAAAACUGGUCUCAGGUUCUGACCUUGCAGCGGUACCAUAUCUGGAGCUUGCGGCGGGACGCACUGGGUCAGCCCACCUGGGUGACCGUUGGCAGCUGGGAUGGGAGCCAUCUGCUGGUGGAGGAUCAGGAGGUUUGGCAUGGACCCAAACACCACUUCAGGACAGAGGGGAACAAAUGGGCCGGGGGCCGGUGGAGGCCAGGGAUGCCUGUGGCCGGGAGUCGGGUCCGGGUGGUGACACUGGUGGAACAUCCCUUCGUGUUUACACGAGAUGUGGACGAUGACGGCAGCUGCCCAGCGGGCCAGUUCUGCCUGGAUGCCGGCACCAACCAGUCAGUAACUCUGGAGCAGUACUUCAGGGGCGUGGCAGGUGGGAACGAUAGCUCACUACCGUUGGAGAACAGGAAGUGUUGCUAUGGGUACUGCAUUGACCUGCUGGAAAAGCUGGCUGAAGACAUGGGCUUCAACUUUGACCUUUAUAUAGUUGGAGAUGGAAAGUACGGAGCCUGGAAAGCAGGGCGCUGGACCGGACUGGUGGGAGAUCUUCUGAAUGGUCUGGCAGACAUGGCUGUCACAUCCUUUAGCAUCAACUCUGCUCGCAGCCAGGUGAUUGACUUCACCUCACCCUUCUUCUCCACCAGCCUGGGGAUCUUAGUACGCAGUAAGGACACAGCAGCCCCUAUCGGGGCCUUUAUGUGGCCCCUGCACUGGUCCAUGUGGGUGGGAAUCUUCCUGGCACUGCAUAUCACUGCUCUGUUUCUGACGCUGUACGAGUGGAAGAGUCCUUUUGGAAUGACUCCUCAUGGACGCAACAGGGUGCGAGUGUUUUCCUACUCCUCAGCUCUCAAUCUGUGCUACGCCAUUCUGUUUGGACGCACCGUGUCCUCCAAGAUUCCAAAGUGCUGGACAGGUCGCUUUCUGAUGAAUCUGUGGGCCAUCUUCUGUCUGCUGGUGCUGUCCAGCUACACUGCCAACCUUGCUGCCGUCAUGGUGGGUGAGAAGACCUUCGAGGAGGUCUCAGGGAUCCACGAUGCCAAG